UCACGCCUUAUGGCGCAAUCAAACUGCAUAAGGCUUAUGUCCCGCCCCCUAAGAAUCUGAUUGGCUGUCUGUUUCAUAGUGGACUCUCAGUUUGGAAGCCGAUUGGCUGUCAAGUGUACGAGUCUCUGCCCAGCAAACUGAGAUCCAAUAGAACGCCAGCAGUGAAAGAGACCGCCUAAAAAUGCUGGUAUGAUUGGUUGAAUAGAUUUAAUAUCCGGAAUUGUUUUGGAAAGCUGAAAAUGUGGUACAAGUAGUGUAAGGUUAAACAUCAACAGGAGCAUGAAUGAGUCUUUUCAAACGCUAGUAGAGAAAUCAUUCAGGUUUGAGGACUGUGGAGGCUCUCAGUCUUUAACUGUGUCUAUUCCUGAGGUUCUUGAUCCACAAUAUGGGAUGUAUGUUUGGCCCUGUGCGGUGGUGCUGUCACAGUAUGUGUGGAUGACAAGAAGUGAACUACAGCACAAGACUGUUCUUGAGCUCGGUGCUGGAGUGAGUUUGCCUGGUGUGGUGGCCGCCAAGUGUGAAGCUCAUGUGAUUUUGUCAGACAGUGCUGAACUUCCUCUCUGCCUGAGAAACUGCAGACGCUCCUGUGAAGUCAACAACCUCCCCAACGUACCUGUGAUCGGACUCACCUGGGGACAGGUAUCACCAGAGCUUCUCUCACUGCCUCCUGUGGAUAUUAUUCUGGGAUCAGAUGUUUUCUAUGAACCUGAAGAUUUCGAAGAUGUACUUGUGACCGUCUCAUUUAUUGUGAGGAGAAACCCUAAUGCUCAAUUCUGGACUACCUACCAGGAGAGAAGUGCGGACUGGUCCAUAGACGCCUUGUUACACAAGUGGGAUCUGAAGUGCAUUAAUGUUCCAUUAGAAACAUUUAAUGCAAACAAAAACCAUCUUGCUGGAUCAACACUUCCAGGAAAUCAUACUGUACAAAUGAUGAUUAUAACAAGAUAGAAGUUUUAACACAUUUGUGUUUGAAUUUUACAAACUUUUCUAAUCCUCUCCAACUCCAUCUUGUUUAUUAUAAACUAUGCUAAUAUACACAAAUUAAGCACAUUUUGCAAUGACACCAAGACAAAAGGAUUUAAUAGUUAAUUUAUUAAAGAUCCAAAAAUCAAGCAACAGAACAAACUUCAUCGUAUAGUUUUAAGAUACUCCAAUUUUCCAAAUUGUGGAACAAAAUUAAAGAACUUCAUCAGACGACAGCAUUUAUGCCACCAAAAACUUAUUUGCAGAUGCUGCUUGAUCUUGGCCACACCUGCAACAGCUGCAAUCUGAAGAAAACCCGAAGCAGCCAAGCACUCAGCACUGCAACACCGGAUCUUAACAGCUAACCAGCAAAACUCAACAGCUAGACAACUGCGCCUAGUGCACAAAAAAUACACAAGACAUUGGGUUAGAAUCCAAAUAUCCCACACAAAGGGACAAAUAAACUGGUUUAACAUCAGGACUGUAAUAUACAGCAAUCAGAACACAAGCUAUUCAUACUUUCCAAAUGCAAAGCAGAAUAAUAAACUUAAAGCAUUUGCAGAUUUAAGUUUUUUCUCUUCUUCUUUUUUUUUUUUUUUUUUUUU